AUGGAGUCGAAGAGCUCUACUAAUGGGUGUUCUAGGGAUGUCUACGAGGAGAUCCCACGGGGCUGUCGAGAAAAAAUCUCCCUGCUCAGCAGGGAGGAAGUCGAAGCUGUUCUGCACAUGUGCGAUGAUGUCACGGGCGAUGACGCGGGGGCGGGCAGCAUGACACACAGUGCAGCUGCAACGGGGACCUCAGAUGCAACGGGCCAAACGAAGCGCCUUCAGUCGCGCCUAGCGGGGCUACCAAUGUUUCUGCAGACGGAGGCGCUCGUUCUGCGGCGGCAUGAGCAACAGUACCGGCAGUACAUGAAGGAACUCAUUGAACUGUCAGAGUGUAUCGCCAUGGUGUGCGAUGGAACCCUGCGGCCGCAGUCGCCCAACACGGCGUCUCACCUCGCGGAGGAUUCGCCGGCGGCUCGUCGCGCGAAGGAUGCUGCUCUGCGGCGAAUGUCACGCCGUGCCGAAGAAGUUGAAAUAUGUGCUCGUAAUGAGGCGGUCGAUCGCGUGCGGAGCGCGCAGCGGAUGGUGUUGGCCGCCGCCGUUGCGAAGCACGGGAAGAGGGCAAGGCGAGAGGGGGGACAGGAGGAAGUUGAUGAGGCAUUGGGCCCGCGCAGACGGCGCAUGUGA